AUGAGUGGGUUUAUGGGGGAUCCUCACUUCGAUGGGGACAGUCCUCCUCAGGGCGAACUCCGACGCGGCCUCAAGUCCCGUCACUUGUCCAUGAUUUCCAUCGCAGGCACGAUCGGCACAGGCCUUUUUCUCGCGUCUGGGGCGUCGAUUGCACAGGCCGGGCCCCUGGGUGCACUCAUUGCAUAUGUUAUGAUUGGAUCCAUGGUCUUUUUCAUGAUGACCUCACUUGGAGAAAUGGCUACUCUGAUUCCAACCGCUGGAUCCUUCAACACGUACGCAGCUCGCUUCGUUGACCCUGCCCUUGGCUUUGCCCUUGGUGUUAAUUACUUCUUGAACUGGGCCAUCACUGUCGCAGUCGAAAUGGCAGCAGCAGCCAUGAUCCUCCAGUUCUGGGUCUCACCCGAUGCCCUCCCAAGCUGGGUGUGGGCGUUCAUCUUCCUGUUCUUCAUGGUCGCCAUCAACGUUCUCUCGGUCCAGGCCUUUGGUGAAGGAGAGUUUUGGUUCAGCGCAAUCAAGGUGCUCACGGUCAUCAUCUUCAUCAUUGUCGGCAUCUUGGUUGAUGCUGGUGCUGUCGGAGGCGACAAGGUCGGGUUCCGGAACUGGACGAUCGAGGGCGCGCCUGUGCCUAAUGGGUUCGGAGGUAUCCUUGGUGUAUUCUUGGUCGCAGGAUUCUCAUUCCAGGGCACGGAGCUGAUCGGCAUUGCUGCGGGCGAGAGUGAGAACCCUCGGAAGAAUGUUCCCAAGGCAAUCAAGCAGGUCUUCUGGCGCAUCCUCCUAUUCUACGUCCUCUCCAUCUUCAUCAUUGGACUGGUCUUGCCCUACAACGAUCCCAACCUUCUGAGCAAUGGAGGCGUCGAUAAGGAGGCGAUCGCUGUCUCACCCUUCACACUGGUUCUUGAGAAGGCCUUUAAGCCCGCGUCGCACAUCAUGAACGCUGUCAUCCUCACCACGGUGCUCUCGGCCGGAAAUUCAGGCAUGUACGCCUCGACCCGUACGCUCUACAUGUUGGCCAAGGACGGCAAGGUCCCUGCUAUCUUUGGAAGGAUCAAUAAGCGAGGUAUUCCCAUGGUGUCUCUCGGCUGCACGUCCUUGAUCGCCACCAUUGCCUAUUGCACAUCGCUCUUUGGGUCUGGAGAGGUCUACAACUGGCUGCUCAAUAUCUCCUCCAUCUCUGGCUUCAUUGCCUGGGCAGGAAUCGCAGUUUCGCAUUACCGUUUCCGUCGUGCCUUCGUCGCCCAGGGCGGUGAUAUCGAACGCUUGCCCUACAAGGCUUCUUUCUAUCCUUGUGGACCCAUUUACGCGUUGCUCCUGUGCACGGUCGUCAUUUGUGGUCAAGGUUACUCUGAAUUUACAAAGCCCGAGCCCAAGGCGGUCAAUUUGAUCGCUUGCUAUAUCGGCCUUCCAUUCUUCCUGUUGACUUGGUUCGGCUACAAGCUAUACCACAAAACCAAGAUCGUGCCAUUAAUGGAGUGCGAUUUCAGUGUCGCUAACCUGGACGAUGCCAAUAUGGAGGAGGUCAUACCCUCUGUAGAGGAUAAAGACACCGAGAAGGUCGAGUCGUAA